AUGUCGUCAACAAAUUAUAAUCGAGUAAAAAUUCCGGAACGUGAUUUUCAAUAUAUUAUCAAGAAUUUACAAAUCAAAUAUAGGAUGAAUUAUGAAGACGCGAAAAUGUGUGUUUUAGAAUUAGAACAUUUUUAUACUGGGAUUAAGUAUAAAAUUGUUGAUAGUAUGUUAGAUCAUCCGCCAACAGCAAUUAAAAAUGCAUGGGAAUCGCAUAUUGUUUAUACAUCAAUGUAUUUUAAUUUUACUCAUUCCACAUUUAGUACAUAUGUCCAUUAUGAACCGAUAGAACACGAUAAGGGUCAGUUACAUAUAUACCACAAACUGAAAAAAUUUGGAAUAAAUAAUAUGAAUGAAGCAGUUUGGCUGUUAAAAACUCCACACCAGCAAGAAUAUUAUUCAUCACCGACGUCGUGGAACACUUAUUACAUGGGAUCAAGCACUUUGUCAAAUUUUAAUAGAAAAGAAAAUAAAUUUCUGAAGAAAUUUAUAGAAGAAUACAAACCACCAUCACAUAAUUUUCAAGUAUUAGAUAUCGCUAUGGGACAAGGAAGAAAUUCAAUCUGGCUUGCAAAAAAAGGCUACAAAGUAACAGGGUUUGAUUCAUCUAUUGAAGGUAUACAUAUAGCUAAAAAUCAGACAAAACAGUUAAAUCUGACUGCAUUACAAGCACAGGUAACAACAAUCGAAGAGUUUCACUUUGGUUUCGAACAAUGGGAUUUAAUUGUAUGCAUGUAUUUUCCAAUAAUAAAUCAAACUAGUUAUCUGCGAAGAAUAGAGCAAUCAUUGAAAUAUAAAGGUUUAUUAAUAGUUGAAGCCUUUCAUUGGGAUAGUUUAAGCGACGAAUAUACAAUUCCAGUUGAUGUUACAUAUAGAACAAAUGCCAUACCAUUAUUAUUUCCAAAUUUAACUAUCCUUGUAUACGAAGAGUCAAUUGAUUACAGUGACUUUGGAAAUAGACUAACAAAAAUUAUUCGUUAUGUAGGACAAAAGAAGUACUCACAUGCUUACCCAUGA